AAAAGCUGUUUUUUAAAAACUUGUAGCGGCUAACGGGAGGGUUGAUUUAGAUUUAGAUUUAGAUUAUUGAUUUGGUCGCAGAUCUACUCAGAAAGACGUUUCCAAGGCGGACUUCCCAAAAAAAGCUGGACAUUGUGAGGAAAAACCGACCAACACCGCAGCUAACAACCCCGGAGCUAGCAACCCCAGAGCUAACAACCCCGGAGCUAACUAGCAACCCCAAAGCUAACUAACAACCCCGGAGCUAACAACCCCGCAGCUAACUACCCCGGAGCUAGCAACACCGGAGCUAGCAACCCCGGAGCUAACAAUCCCGGAGCUAACAACCCCAGAGCUAACAACCCCGGAGCUAACUAGCAACCCCAAAGCUAACUAGCAACCCCGGAGCUAACUAGCAACCACGGAGCUAACAACCCCGGAGCUAACACCCCGGAGCUAACUGGCCACCAGCCUGUGAAAGGGUUUGUCGCCUCUUUCAUCUCUAACUAUGAGCGGUAUCUUUGGCUCAGUUUAUUCCAGAAAUACCCCCGGACAGACCAGACUUCCAGCAUUAACCUCCAUUGAUAGAAAAGGACUGAAUAUUGGAGUUGAAACACACAGGUCGCUGCUAGCACAAAAACAGUGAAGUCUUUGUGAGGAAAGAAAGGAAGAUGUAUUUUGUGUUAAAUAAUCACAAGUUUUGUCUCUGGACGGCUUUGUAUUUGCACUAAACAAGGAGGGAAGAUUCCUCUACAUCUCUGAGACCGUCUCCAUCUACCUGGGCCUGUCGCAGGUGGAGCUGACGGGCAGCAGCGUCUUCGACUAUGUCCAUCCUGGAGACCACGUGGAGAUGGCCGAGCAGCUGGGCAUGAAGCUGCCUCCAGGUCGAGGGAUGAGUCUGUCGCAGGGAGCCGUGAACGAAGACGGAGCUUCAUCGGCUUCAUCGUCGUCGCACUCAGAGACACCAGAACCAGUGGAGUCCAGCAGCCCCAGCCUCCUGGCUCCAGACAACUCCCUGGAAAGAUCCUUCUUCAUCCGCAUGAAGUCCACGCUCACCAAGAGGGGCGUGCACAUCAAGUCCUCAGGAUACAAGGUGAUCCACAUCACGGGCCGUCUCCGGAUUCGGAUGGCGCUGACUCACAGUCGCUCGGUGCCCAAUCAGAUCAUGGGGAUGGUGGUGGUGGCCCACGCUCUACCGCCGCCAACCAUCAACGAGGUCCGCAUCGACUGCCAGAUGUUCGUCACCAGAGUCAACAUGGACCUCAAGAUUGUCUACUGCGAGAACAGGAUCAGCGACUACAUGGACCUGACUCCGGUGGACAUCGUGGGGAAACGCUGCUACCAGUUCAUCCAUGCUGAGGACGUGGAGGGAAUCCGACAGAGUCACCUGGACUUGAUGAACAAAGGUCAGUGUGUGACUAAGUACUACCGCUGGAUCCAGAAGAACGGCGGCUACAUCUGGAUCCAGUCCAGUGCCACCAUCGCCAUCAACGCCAAGAACGCCAGCGAGAAGAACAUCAUCUGGGUCAACUACGUCCUCAGUAAUCCGGAGUAUAAAGACACUCCCAUGGACAUCGCUCAGCUGCCAAGCCUGCCAGAGAAAACCUCCGAGUCGUCAGAGACCUCCGACUCCGAGUCCGAGUCCAAAGAAAACUCAGACAAUGAGAAGUCCGAGGGGAAACCGGGCCACCAAGCAGAACACAACGAGGAUCCAGAGGCCGGCAGCAAACAUCAGCAGCAGCCCGGCCAACCACACAGCUCCUCCGAACAGGAGAUGAAGCGUCAGGAAGAAGAAGACAGUUCGAGUAACCCCGAGAGCCAAGACAGCGACGACAGUCUGGAGCCUUCAGAUGGAGGAGAGGAGGUGGAGGAGGCCAGAGGAGGUGGAGGAGUAGGUGGUGGAGGAGGAGGCCGGCUGGGAAGGUUAACUGGACUGGGAGGACUGGGAGCACUGGGUGCCAUCAGUGGACUGGGAAACCUAGGAGGGCUUCAUAUUAAAGUGGAGCACUAUGGAGAGGGGGAGGAGGUUCAGCUGCACAACUCUCAGACGUCUUCAUCGGAGGAGGAGGAAGAGGAGGAUGAGGAUGAAGAGGAGGAGGAGGACAGAGGCAUGCAGGACUGUGACAGUGCCAAUGCCGGAAACAAGCUCCAGAAGAGGAGGAAGAGGAGGAAAGUGCAGAAGUGGGACGGAUCCCGAAGCAGGAGGCUCCGUCUGUCCUCGACCACGCCGAGUCCUGUAGCGAUGGGAGAUUCCACGCCGCUGGUCGACCAAUCCCAGACCUCCUCUGCCCACCUCCUCACCGCCUCCGGAUCCCCAAACAGCGCCGGUGCAACGUCUUCGGUUCGUAAGAUCAAGACCGAGAUGGCGGAACCGAUCAACUUUGACAACGACAGCAGCAUCUGGAACUACCCUCCCAACAGAGAGAUCUCCAGAAACGAGUCUCCGUACAGCAUGACGUCCAAGCCGGCCGUCCCUGGCAGCCAUGAGACCUUCCCCUCCCCGCAGGGAGGCUCACUGCAGGUCACCAUCCCUGACUCCGUCCUGACGCCUCCUGGAACCGAGGGGGGAGCAGGAGGAGUGAGGAAGCCUCCCUACAACGGGAGCUCAGCCCCUUCCUCGGCUUCCAGCGCUGCCAGUUUAGCUCCUCCCUCCAGCGCCUCCUCUGCCGACCCCCUGUCGCCUCCCCUCUCCGCUUCCCCCCGAGACAAGCAGCAGGGCACUCCCACUACCACCUCCUCCUCCACCUGCUCAUCCUCCUCCUCGUCCACUACUUCCUCGUCGCUGCUGUACUCCGGUGACCUGGAAGCGCUGCAGCGUCUGCAGGCGGGUAACGUGGUGCUGCCGCUGGUGCACCGGGUCACCGGGGCUCUGGCCUCCACCAGCACGACGGCCCCGCGGGUCUACACCACCGGCACCAUCAGGUACGCGCCAGCUGAUGUCACUCUGGCCAUGGCACAAGGCAACCUCCUCCCCAACGCUGCCAUGAACUUUGUCGACGGCUCAGGAUUCGGCCUGGACCCUAAGACGCCCAUGGAGAUGCUGUACCACCACGUCCACCGGCUCAACAUGUCGGCAGCCGCAGCUGCCGGCCCAUUUGUCGGAUCUCCAGCUGCCACGGGAGGCAAUGGCACCCUGGGAGGCCAGAUGCCAACGGCGGCCAAUGUUUUCACCACAGCGGAGGGACUUUUCUCAACGCUGUCGUUCCCAGUGUACAGCAACGGGAUCCACACCACGCAGACGACUCUGGAGAGGAAGGAAGAUUAACGCAAAACAUCCAAGACCGCAUUACUGUGUUUCCGGAAUCAAUAACUGUGUCCAAACAAAGAAUAAUCACUAGUAAAAACUGAACCUAUGAACUUGUUUUACCGACACGGUGCAGCACUGUGUUUCCGAGAGGGGAGAAAGGACAGGAUGACUGACAGAUGUACUCUAGCACUUUGAAUCUGAGCAACUGAGCUUGUGUAACAGGCAUGAAUGACCCUCUUUUCUAUCUUUUAUCUCUCUUCAUCCUCUCCUCCUCUCUGUCUUUCUCUUUGCUCCUGUUUCUUGCGAUCAGCAAUGUUUUUCUCUCGAAAAAAUGAACAAAAAACUGACUAUUCUUUAUUGUAAAGAAUUCCUUUUUUGCCUACAGAGAAUUCAUAUUGCCUAAGGACUCCGCUGGAGCCUGACGGGGAUAAUUUUUAUUAUUUGACAUGUUUCUGUUGCGUUUUUAUGAAGAUGCUGAUUGUGUGUAUUUAAAGGAGGACGUGCAGGGAUUUGUAACCGACUGAAACUCUACGUGGCGUUCCUCCUUAAUGUUUCUUGACGUGAUCAAGGCUUGAAAAAGAACAUUUUUAAACCGGAGGAAGGGGCUGUGUUGCACCCAACUAAGGUCUCAGAGAUAAUCUUUUGAAAAAAGGUUUUUGAGGACGUUUCUCGAUUGAGGGAGUAGUUUAGAGAAUUAAUGCUGUUUUUUUCCCUUUCAUUUCUUCCUUUUUUUAAUAAAAUAUUCUAGCUCAGAUUUAAUGAAUCAAGCAUUAAGAAGAAAAACAAAAAAGCAAUUUCAGCCGGGUAAUGACCUGUGAAUUAUCGAAUGUUACUACUUCCUCGUUUAUCCCAGGAGUUUACCUACAGGUCUUGCACCAAACAUAACCUCCUCUGCAUCUCUUCCCAUCUCCUCUGAUCUUUCACUACCUGAUCUUUAAUCUUCCCAUCCACAUUUCUACAGAUUCGUGGUGCUACCGACCGUCCAGUAACCCUGAUUCAGCUGGCUGAUGUGGGUGCUGCAAACCAACCCACAGCUCGUUGACAGACUGGCUUCUUUUGUGGAGGGGAAACGAUUUUGAAGUUUGUUUUCUGACCUUCAGGAAAGUCGGACUCAAAGUCAGUGGCAUCGCCUUCAUGUUCCACCCUCCACCAGGGGGUGCUCUGCACAGCGACAUGGAGACGGUCGGCUGAAUUUGAGCCUCUACGGUGUUUUUGUUUGUAUGUAUUUUCUAAAUGAAUCACUUUUAAUUCUCAGUGAGACUGAGGCUAAUUAGCUAGCGUUGCUAACUUGAAAAAUGAAUGUUGAAAACCUCGACCGGCUCCUGUUUGAUCAUCUUCUUCUAGGUUUUUUCCUCCUCCUCUUCUUCUUCUUCGUCUUCUUCCUAAACCAGAAUCACCUCCACGAGAUUUUCCCAAACAAUCCACUCUCUUCCAUCCCAUCGCCGGACCCUGUGAUUAAAAAAACACAUAUCAACAAGGAGAUUGUAAUAAAGACAUGCAUUUUCAAUCAAUCAAUCAAACAAUCAAUCCAAUAACAUACAAGAAAAAAAGAAUACAAGUCUUCUUUGAGGAAGAGAAAAAAAUUCACAUUCCUUUAAAACAACGUUGUCUUUGUCGUUGUUCUCUGUUGUUUGUUGUGUUUUUUUUCCCUCCCCAGCCUCUGUUGCCAAAAAAAGAAAAGUUUUGGUGUUUUAAAAAGCACUGUGAUUCAUUUGUAAGUUUUUCUUUCUUCUACUUUUUUGGUAAAAAGAGGAAAAAAAGAAUAAGUAAUAAUAAUAAUUAAAAGGGUAUAAAAACUGUCCAUCUUUUUGAAGUCGACAGCCCCGUCUUUGCCAUCCCAUCAUCCUUAUUACCCAGUGUGAUUAAGCCGUAAAAACGUGUUUCCGAUGUGUUUAGUGUCACUGGCUGUCAAAAAGUCUUUCAUGGCGACUUCUCUCUGUGUGUGUUGACUAUAUGCAGUAUAUACUGAGCUACUGUAGCUGUUUUUGUCCUUUGUCUUCUCUGUGCUCUAUCUCUAGUGUUGGGGGGGCGGGGAUGGGGCGGUGCUCGAUGGGAGAGGGGCGGAGUCUAACGGGAUGAUCGAUAUCUCGCAAUAAGAUGACCUCCCCGCCUCCUCAGUCCGUCCCGUCCUCGUACCUCCUUCUAUCUGCAGUCUUAGUGAAACCAGUGGAGGUUCGUGUUCGAAUUUCGUGUUUGGUGGCCUUUGCAAAAAAACAAAAAAAAAAAACUUUGUAGAGUCCACCUUUUCUUUCGCUGCUUCCUUUUUGUCUUUGUAAAACCUCUCUUUUCCUUUCUAAAUCCUUCUCUCUCUCUGCUAUUGCUUUUUGCUGUUGUGUAGUCUUAUACGAAACCUCUUUAUCUCGCUGUCUUUUCUCUCAUAGACGAAAAGAUUCUUUAACUAGCUCAAAGGUUUAUGGAGCCAUGUUUUUUGCCACUAAGGAAUUCUGGGAAUCGCAGUUUCCGGCUCUUUGCAAACAAAGUAUUAAAUGACUAAUAAAUAUUUACUCUAUGUAGAAGUGAAAUUAUGGCGAGGAAAAAGCCUCAAGUAGCAUUUUAGACGUAGUCCUGGAACAACCACGAAACCCUCAGUCGCGAAACAUUUUCCCAGAGUCCCUUGGGGCUUCCUGUGUGCAUUGGGUGUAUUUCAUUGGUUCCCACCAAAACUUGUUGACUUCCAAACUUCUCUCACGGGACAAACUGAGUUAAACAAGUGGUUCAAGGGGGAGAAAAAAAAAAUCACAGUAGUCUUUCAGGACACGUAAUAAAAAAACGAUUUUAAAGAUUUCUAAAGAAACUAAAAGAAGAAAAAAAUAUUUCGCACUAUAAAUCUAUUUUUAUAGGUGUUUUGGAAAAACUGAACUGCAUGUUUAGUAAGUCGUCGAUCAAUCCUGCGUUCUUUCGUUCUGUUUUUUGGUUUUCGGUCCAGCAGUUCUUGUGUUUUUUUAGUCUGUCGAGCCCGAGCGGGGACGAGACGGAGGCCCAAGGAGGAAUAAAGUCUGUACUGUCAAACCGAGCAGGCCUCCCAUCUCCCUGACACAUCAGGAAAACAAUCUGUGGCGUCUGUGCUUUCUGUGGCCAAUCAAUGUCUUGUUACUGCAACGAAAAAAAACAAAACAAACCCAGGUUACGAAAUUUUGUGUUCGAUAUGGGGAACGUGAUCGGAGCUCCAUCGCUGGAUCCACUGAAUGUUAAAACUUCAGGAGCAUUUUGUUUCUGCGCUCCGCUGGAUUUUCUACUUUUGGCGGUUUUCGCGUGAAAGCACGGGUGGGCGGGGCUUAACGGACGGCCGCAUUUGGCAAAGAGCGAGGGGUGGGACUUAACGAAUGGCCAUUUUUGGCAAAAAGGUGGGUGGGUUUAAUUGUCUGGCGAACAGAUGGGGCGGGGUUUCACAAACUGCCAUAUUUGGUAAAGAGAGGGUGCAGGGCUUCACGAACGGCCAUGUUUGGUGAAGAAAGCGUGGGCAGGGCUUAGCAAACAGCCAUGUUUGUGGAGGGCAUGGUUGUGGCGGCGGUAUGGAGGGGGGCGGGCGGGACAACACAUCUCAGACGAAACCAGGAAAUACACCCACAUGUAACAAAAACCAAACAGCCGGUCCAAGCUGUUUCAAUGUUUUUUCUGUGUUUUAUGUCGAAAAAUGAAAAACUUUGCUGGUGAUUUUAAAAACUCUUAAAAACCUUAAUCACAGCUGCUGUCGAAAAUACAUAGUGUUUAAGAAUUACGAAUAUUGAAGAAUCACUUCAUUUACCUGUGAAGAAACUGUGUCUGUGUUUUUAACUAUUUCUUGUACAAUUAUACAGAUUCUUUUAUGAGGAAACUUGGUGCCAAGUAGCCGAAAUAUGGGAGAGAGGGAAUCUCUUAUUAUCAAUGUUAACAGUGUUAUAAAAUUCUAAAUACAAACAAAUUAAAAUAUUAAAAAAGAGAAAACUAUGGUACAUUUCUAUUUUUUUGUUUUAAUCCUUCUCCCUCACGGCAGAGCGGAGAAACUCAUGACUAACUGAUGCUAUCUUUGAGUGCCUGGCUUAUUCUUUAUUAUUAUUAUUAUUAUUAUUAUUAUUAUUAUCAUUUUGAAAGACAUCUUUUUGAGUUCAUUUACCAUGAAUAAUGCUGCAAAUCUGAAAAUGUACAUACUUCAUUUUUAUAGCGGUUGUUCUUUUCUAAGUUUGCUAGGUUCUCAUCCGUUCAGAGGAACAUGUCACACACAUGGUUGUCUUUCUGUAACCCGGUUUUGACCAUCUGACAGGUGCCAUAUUCAUAAUAAAAACUUAUCUUCGAAUUUCUUA